AGUACUACUACCACUAUUUUAUUUGUACCAUGUACGUAACUUUCUGCUUGGGUUGCCUGGCAGAUAUUUUUCAGAUAUACGUGGGGAUUUGAGCCCUUUCUCCACCGCAUCUGGCCACAUCAUUGCUUGAGGAGAAAGAAAAAAGGAAAUCAAACUGAAAGUCAAGCACAGGGCAGUUUGAUUAAUUCAAAAACUUGGUGUUUUAAAGCAAAACCCAGUAACUUUAGAGAUUAUAAGACUGGAGAAGAGCUCCUCUAAGUUAGGAAACAGUUUUGAGGUCUUGAUCCGAACCCUUUUUCUGACUAAAGUUGUGGAAAAACGCAGAUCUGGUGCAUGGCGGCGAGAAGAAAAACAGGCACGCAGACAGCUCUGACAAGCAAUUACACCGCAGCUUGUUGGGGAGGCAGGUUGGGAUGAGCUCAGGUCGGCUGCUAGAGCAGAAGACCGAAUACUCAGGAGACGGAGAGGAAAAUGGCCGGAGGGAGAACACUGAUAUACAGCAGUGCAGCCGUAACAAGGCUGUGAAAAUGGACACAAGAGCCCUGAGGAAUCCAUAUCCCGACUAUGAUGGGAGCCCUGCGUCCACACAGGCGCUGUUUGACUCCCAGGGAAAGCUCACACCGGAGUUUGCCCAGAGGCUGAGCAGCAAGGUCAGCGAGCUUUUAGCCGUCAUGGAAAAUGGGCUGAAGUCCGCAGACCCGAGAGACUGCACUGGUUACACUGGCUGGGCAGGCAUUGCUCUGCUCUACCUGCACCUCCACAAUGUUUUCAGGGAAGAAUACUUCCUUCAGAGAGCUCUGGAGUAUGUCAGCCGCAGCCUGAGGUGUCUGACUCGACGCCAUGAUGUCACCUUCCUGUGUGGGGAUGCGGGGCCGUUGGCUGUGGCUGCUGUGGUCUACCAUCGCCUGCAGAGGGGGCAAGAGACCGACGAGUGCAUCAACAGGCUGCUGCAGUAUCACCAGACUGUGGUGAAGGGAUCGGGCGGGCUGCCAGAUGAGCUGCUCUAUGGGCGCGUGGGCUACCUCUACUCCCUCGUCUUUAUCAACCAGCAGCUUGGGCAGGACAGGAUCCCACUGCAGUACAUCCAACAGAUCAGCGAGGCCGUGCUGGCAUCAGGCGAGCACCUCAGCAGGAAGUACAGGGUCCAGAACCAGAGCCCUUUAAUGUACGAGUGGUACCAGGAGCAUUAUGUUGGCGCCGCCCAUGGACUGGCUGGCAUCUACUACUUCCUCAUGCAGCCAGGCUUCGUCUCGGUCGAGGAGUACGUACACAGGCUGGUGAAGCCCAGCGUCGACCACGUCUGCCGUCUCAAGACCCCCUCAGGAAACUACCCUCCCUGUAUCGGGGACGACCGAGACCUGCUGGUUCACUGGUGCCACGGAUCCCCGGGGGUGGUCUACAUGCUCCUGCAGGCAUACAGGGUAAAGACUGAGUUAAUACUGGGUCGGUGCGAGUCGGCGUCAAAGCGGGCCGAGCGAGGCGGUAACUCGCGCUCUCUGGAUGCACUCCAGGUGGCGCGGGUCCCACGUUUUGCAGACUGGUGCAUGAACUACGGCAAACACGGAUGCCGCACGCCAGACACUCCCUUCUCACUUUUUGAAGGCAUGGCAGGCACCAUCUAUUUCCUGGCCGACCUUCUGCAGCCAAUGAAAGCAAGGUUCCCGGCCUUUGAGGUGUAAGCGUUUCUCCACAGUUAGUCCCGAUAUGACAAGAAGAAGAUCCACACUCGUGCUCUCUGUCACACUCACGCAUGGAAACACUGCAUUCAGUCACGCAGCAACUUGACGGCUGACUUCGACUCCCGCUUCAGCCAUUGUGCCAUGUUUUUCCUGCUCUUCUCUACUGGUGGCUUGACAUGCUGUUAAACAGGAUAAAUCCUAUGCUCGUAUUUCAAUUAUAUCAGAGAUGUGAAAGUUGGUAGCUUCUCUAGCUGUUUUUGGUUUCUUUAUGUGUAUAACUCCUGUUUUAUUAUCUCUUGCCGUCGCUCAUAUUCUGACGUUCUUUAGGGUUUCAGCGAAGGGAAGGAAACAAUUUUGAAUUUAAAUUUAAAUUGUGGGAUAAGUAAAUGGUGUUUUGUUAGCACUUUAAAACUGUACAUUAAUGUUAUUCUAUGAGCUUGUUAUGUUAAAAAGGAAUUGGAUGCUUUAGUUUGCCGUCCUGUUUUCUUUUUCAGACAAACAUCAACAGCAAAGCUAGUUACAAUGCACUAAGGGCUUUAACCCCCCCAGCUCUGAGUUCACGCUGUCGCCUGUCCUCGGCACUGUCUGGGCAAUAAACCAUGUGUCUUUUUUACGGCUGUCGCUCUGUAGUGAAUUUCAGUACCGGGGUGUAAAUAUGCAGCAGCAAAGAGAAGCCACAGGGGAGCAGCAGAGAGCUGACAACAUGUAAAUAAAUAUCUGACACCUGACCACCUGGCAAAGGAAGCACGUUCAUAGGCAGUACAUGACACUCACCUUGAAAUGUUGUUACU